AGCCACCUCUGCAUCCCAUGGAGACACAGAGGAAGGGUCUCCAGCACAGCUCCCAACCCUGCAGGGGCCAGGUUCUUACGGGGACCCGUGAGUCACUGCAGACCCUUUCCUCCGCAGCCAGCAGCCCCGCAACCCCAUCGGUCAGUGAGCCCCCUGCCAGUACCUGCACCAUCUACCGGCCCUGGUGCUCGCCCUACAGCUACUUUGUGUGCACCGAAGGAGCCACCCAGCAGCACUGGGGCUGCCUCUCCUGCGGCUCAGCCACCAGCACCCAGGAGGACGAGGAGCCUGAUGACCUCUCAGAGAUUGUCUGCUCCUCCUCUGGCUCCUCAGACGAGCCCCAGCCCCCCGAGUGGGACAGGCUGGCCAGCAGCAGAGCCAGCAUCAUGGUCGGGGACAUCCUUGCUGCUUCCCAGGGGCAGCCAGUGACCCGGCACGGCUACCAGUGCAUGUCGUGCUGCCGCCUCUUCCCCACACUGUGGAUGGUCAAGACCCACAUCCAGCACAGCUCCCAGGAGGGCUACAGCUGCAAGGUGUACUACCGCAAGCUCAAGGCCCUGCAAGGCGCAGGAGGCUGCAGCUCCCAAGGCAGCGGUGCAGCCCAGCCAGCGGUGCAGCCGCCGCGGGAGGGCACUGCUCCAUUGCUCCUGCCGGCGCCGGAAUAA